AUGUCUCACCCGCGCCCUUGUGCGCCCUACCCUACCUGCUCCGCGCUGUUGCUCUGCACGCGCGGUUGCCCGCGCCCUCGUGCGCUCUACCCUACCUGCUCCGCGCUGUUGCUCUGCACGCGCGGUUGCCCGCGCCCUCGUGCGCUCUACCCUACCUGCUCCGCGCUGUUGCUCUGCACGCGCGGUUGCCCGCGCCCUCGUGCGCUCUACCCUACCUGCUCCGCGCUGUUGCUCUGCACGCGCGGUUGCCCGCGCCCUCGUGCGCUCUACCCUACCUGCUCCGCGCUGUUGCUCUGCACGCGCGGUUGCCCGCGCCCUCGUGCGCUCUACCCUACCUGCUCCGCGCUGUUGCUCUGCACGCGCGGUUGCCCGCGCCCUCGUGCGCUCUACCCUACCUGCUCCGCGCUGUUGCUCUGCACGCGCGGUUGCCCGCGCCCUCGUGCGCUCUACCCUACCUGCUCCGCGCUGUUGCUCUGCACGCGCGGUUGCCCGCGCCCUCGUGCGCUCUACCCUACCUGCUCCGCGCUGUUGCUCUGCACGCGCGGUUGCCCGCGCCCUCGUGCGCUCUACCCUACCUGCUCCGCGCUGUUGCUCUGCACGCGCGGUUGCCCGCGCCCUCGCAACGCCAUCCUCAAGCCUGACAUUAUGGACCUCGUUGCCGCUGCUCCCGAGAACAAACCCGGUGAGCCCUGCUCCCUCACUCGCAUGUCGGGCACUUCCAUGGCCACCCCGCAUUUAGCGGGGCUAGCUGCUUUAAUCAUCCAGAAGUACCUCAACUGGACCCCGGCGCAAGUGAUGUCAGCACUGAUGACGACGGCACGGGUGAUGGACACGAGCAAGAGCGCGAUCAAGAGUGCGACGGGCAGGGAGGCCACCCCGUGGGAGAUGGGCGCAGGCCACGUGUUCCCCCCGGCCAUGCUCGACCCCGGCCUCACCUACGACGCCCGCAACAGCGACUACCAGAAUUUCCUCGCCGGGCAGGACCUGAACCGCGCAAAAAAGGAGUUCCCAGGGGUGGCGCUGUCCCCUUUGGCUGCCCGGAACCUCAACCUGCCCACCAUCACUCUGCAUCGCCUGCAGGGCUCCUUGCAGGUCACCUGCACUGUCACCAUUGUGGGGCAGUCCCGGUCCACAUACAAUGUAUGGGCGUGA